CAUUUUAUAUCUAUCUUUGUCAACAUAUGGAAAACGAGCAAUUCUAAGCAGGAUAAAAAGUUUGAAGAUGAAGAAAAAGAUCGGCACCCAAAGGACCUUUCCAUUGCUGUUCGAGGUGUGGGAUAUUUUGCGGCACCAGCAAAAAGGAUAAUGGAUGAGAAUAGAUUACAACAAUUAUUUCACGAUCUGUUAAAACCAACUACCUGGGCCGUCUUGAGUGCAAAUGAAACAGAGACUUUGGCAAACGUUUCACAGAUUCCAUUGUUCAUCGAAGCUUAUUGUUAUAUUGGCAAAGAAUUUGAUGUUAUUUUCGAUGAACUAAUGGAAACCAUCGAGCGGGAAGUGAUAACAAUGUUAACAUACUACCCUCGAUUGACACAUGAUUUACGCCUUCGCAGUGCAAAUGUGUUCGAACAGCUAUUAUUGGUGUUAUAUGAGAAAGGUCCUGGUAUUUUGCAAAAAUUUAUCUCUAAAAUAUUCUAUCAGGCAUUAAUUUUAACUUGCUCCGAUACAAUUCAAAGUCAAAAACAUUCUAGUGACCAGAACCGAAACGCCCAAAAUUUUAUCGACAUCAUUGCUGAUCAUACGUAUCAAGAAAUGUUCGAUUUUUGGGAUCACAUAUUCAAGGAAUCAACUUUGUCGUGGGCUAAUCGUCAGAAUGGACAUUCAAGUAUAAACUUCGAAAAUGGAGAAAAUGCCAAGGAGUUUUUUUCGAUUCUUUAUGAUGAAUUUUUUUUAGCUGUAUUUCGAAUGAUUCGGACGCUUAACUUUAAAGUAGUUGAUGUUUCAACGAACGAUACAACUAGCACGAUAACUUCUGAAACGGAAAAAAAUUAUGAGAACAUUGACUCCAAUCUAGUGGCGAUUGCGGGAUCCGGUGACUUGGAAAAUCUGCAACCUAUAGUUUCCAAAGAUUUUGUCAUAUAUCAGAACCUCGUUGACUUUUGGCAGUUGUUUUUACCGCGGAUUAAGCCAAGAUUGUUUUCUAGAUGGGUUUAUCUAUCUGGAGAUAAUUUGAUAUCAUUCUCAAUCCAGUAUCCUUACGUUAGUGGUUUUUAUAAAAUGUUGGAAUCUUGUUUGCGAGUAUGCGAGGACAUUCAAUUUUUUAAUGGUAUCAAAAAACCCGAUAAUGAGUGUACAGCCGAAAGUGACCUAUGUAACCAAUUAUUAUCUUCUGCGACGAUAAUACAACGAGCGAGUUACUUUCUCUACACAAAAUUUCUCAAGGAAGUGUGUGCACGAUUGAGUCAAUAUAAGGACGACUUAUUAGCAUCGUGCCUUCGUUUUGUCCUCUCCGUUCCAAAAGAACUUUUGCAUAUUGAUGAUCUUAUAUCGCCAAUAUGUAUUGUGCUAAAGUUAGGAAAAAAUCACCAGCCGCUUGCUAAUAUUGGUUUGGAUGCAAUCGAAAAGAUAAUAGAUUUAAAAGGUCCUCGGGAUUUAAGUAAAUGGCUUGGACAGAUCUUGCCAUUUUUCAACGAAUAUUUGUUAGUUAAGUCUGACAUGAUGGAUAAUUCCCUAAAGGAGAUUGCACAAUUUCGGGAAAACGCUCAAAAAAAUAGGAGGGCUUUAAAGUCAGUGGAAAAGGCACGAAAACAAAAAAUCAGAGAAGCUGGGUUAAUAAAAUCAGCGAAAACCAUAGUAGGGGUAGGUCAGCUUGAGAGGAAUGUUGGAUUACACGAUUUACAAGUUCGUAUUCUUCGAAUACUUGGCAGACUUGGGGGGCUCAGCAAAUCGAUCUUUGAGGAUAUAGUAAAUGAUGAUUUGGCGCACGUGUCUAGUUCGCCUUCUAAAUCGCCUGGAAUCAAAAAUAAAAGUUCGAAGAGUAAUAAUAUUCUUGCUUGGGAUCCUGAGAGACGUUUAUCCUUUGUCAUCCCAUAUCCUGAUAGCAGAAUCAAUAUUUUAUUUGACGAAUUCUUGCCUCGCAUUGUUGAAUUGGCAGAAUCUGCUCCCGACAGAAAAACAAAGGUGGUCGCCUGCGAACUUUUGCAUUCAAUAAUGUUGUUUAUGAUUGGCAAAAGUGCGCUAAAAGUUCGCAGCACAAAGGGUCCCCAGGAGAGUCCGUUUUCUAAAACGUAUCGCCGCAUCUUUCCUGCUCUAUUGCGCCUGGCAAUUGACAGUGAUCAAGUUCCAAGAAAAUUGUUCCAAAGACUUGUCUCUCAAAUGAUACACUGGUUCACUAACAAUGCACAAUAUGAGAACCCGGAGACCAUUGCUCUGCUACAAUGUUGCCUUGAUGCGAUAUGUGAUUCUUGGAGCUCCCUUAGAGAUUAUGGGGCUGAAUGUCUUAAUGAGUUCUUAUUAUGGUCAAUUAAACAAUCUUCGGAACAUCAAUUAGAGGAGAAUCCAAUGAAUAUGAAAUCGUUAUUUAAACGUUUAUACGAUUUUUCUGCGCACCCUGACUAUGCGAAGCGUCUUGGCGCUUCUUUGGCCGUUAAUCACAUUUACAGGGUUUUUCGUGAAGAAGAAUAUCUCGUUAAUCAAUUUACCUUCGAGCUUUUGUAUUGGAUGUUGUUCAACUUAAGGCUGUCUGAACUGGAUCAAGAUGCCACAGGAACCAGGCAACAAGCGAUUGCGGCGGUUCGUCACUUAAAGAAAAUAAUAAACGUCAAACAUCAAUUGUUUCUAAAAGAAACAAAAAAUAGACGAACGUUUCACGGACUCAACAGAGCAGAUUUAUCAUCUUUGGUGGGUUGGCUUUUCGUGGAAACAAGUCGUAGAGAGAGUGACUAUGCUAGUAUGUGCCGGGAAUUGUUCGUCGAAUUUAUUAAAUUGCUUCCAGAUUUUCGAAACGGUUCGCGUUGGAUCAUGGACAAAGUUUCCAGACAGCCCUUAUUCCUUUCGGAUCUUUACAAAACUUCUGCGCUGUCAUCUUUUGAUCAAGAAAGAAGCAGAAAUCAGCAUCAUACUAAAGAAUGGUGUGGUCGUUUCUUGUCUGUCUUGGAAAAUUAUACAUGGCUCAUUAGAGAAAAAUUUGUGACCCCGGAAGUUUUGAUGCGAAAUGAAACAUCUAACUUCCUCGAGGCAAUCAAUUAUUUCUUGGACAAAAUGGUUUUGGUCGCCGAUCUAAGACCUAUUCUUGAUGUCAUGGAAAUUGAUCAUCACCAAAGUUCUAGCGUUGUAGUUGACCCAGAGAAGAUCAUGACACCAGCUGAACGAUCGCGAUGGAUAAAUCUUCGAGCAAAAAUGAUCAAUCGCUUUAUCGAUUUCGUUAUCGCGCAUCUUGAGGUCUCGGUUGAUAAUGAUUUCGAUGUAUGGGGUGCGGCAAUUUAUAAUGUUUUGUUUUUCAAGACUUUAGCAAGGUGCUUAUUUUACUCCGAGAAAUUGAUGCCUGAUGGCAAUACAUACAAGGAUUUUUCGAAAAAGUUGUGCACUCUCUUGAGAUUAAUUAAACAUAUUGGUGGUCCUCAGUUGAACCAGUGUUUCCGAGAGAUUGCUGAUGUGGCGUUUUCCGCAGAUGUCGAUUUGCUGAAUAUUGAAUUUGACAAGUCAGAUCCUACUCAUUAUAUUAGUAUGGCUUUUGGAUUCAGGAUUCUCAGUACCACCGGCACAUUGCAUGAUUUAUUUCAUUUUACUUCUUCAGACAUGAUCCAUCAUUCGACAAUUUACUCCUAUAUUUCAGCUUUAUGGAGAAAGAUUGUGUCUCUUCGAGAUGUUAAGGAUCCUCUUUGGAUCGAGUUGUUGGAUAACUUACUUGCGUUAGUUUUGAUUAAUAAUUUCGAUACUCUUAACACAUGGCUCCUUCAAGAUUUACUCGGGUUUCCGAGCAACCAAUCAAUGUUAGGUUAUCAGGAUGGAUGCAUGUAUUAUCAAAAAUUUUCUACAAGUAUCAACAACCAUCUUUCCCGGAAUUUUGCAGAGUAUGCUUCGAUUUUCUGCGAAAAUAUUAAUGACCCAAUCAUCAAAGAUGUCUUGUUGAACAUUGUUGAUUACUUGAUAUACAAAAAGGAUCCUGAACAGACAACAAAGUUUCUGAAUGAUUUUGCUUCGUCCACAUCUUUUCUCAGUCAGUUUGUUAAGGCUUAUUCCCGGGAUCAACGUUUCUUAUUGAGACUCUGGAGGGUUCUUGUUAAGUUGGAUCUCGAUUUGCUGAAACGUCCAUUGUUGGUUGAGUUCAAGAAGAUUUUCCACAAAUUGUAUGUUUCGUUCUUGAGACGAGAGACAGAUCUUAUUUUUAAAAGCGAAGCAUGUGAUUUGUUGCCAGUAUUUUUAAGAUCAGACAUGCCAAAAGACGAGAUCGAAAUGUGUAUUACUGAAAUGUUGAAUUACCAAUUCCCGCUAUUAUCAUCCGAAUAUUCUCUCAAGGGCCCUAAAAUGUUGAAUGAAUAUAUUACGGUCUUGGACAAGUUACUUACAACGAUGGUUCAGUCUAACAGUGUUAAUCUUUUUAAAAUCCUGGUGCCCACUUUCGUUCGGGAAACAGAUCACAUCUAUAGCGAUCAAUUUCAAAGACAGUUGGGGAAAUUUGUUUCGCAGCUUCCUCGCACCAAAUUUGAGGAAAUGACAGAUAUUGCUUUCGGAUAUUUUCGGGAUUCUAAUUUCGCAAACUUUCAUCGAAAUAUCAUUCAUUCGAUUCUUACUCCUGUAUUGAUGCAAGGAUCGAAGAUCUUUGUAGUCGAUUUCUAUAAGAAGCAUAUCAAAGAAUUGGUUGACAUCAUUGAACGUGAAAAUCGUACUAGGACUGAACAAGAAAGAGUUUAUGAACUUGACGCAAAAGCCGAAGAGGACAUCUAUUCAGAAAAAGGUGAAAUUGUUAAAGCCUAUUGUCAGGGUAGACAAGUGAAAUCGAAAGAAUUAACUCGGAAAGUAAUGGAGAUUUCCCAUAAGAUAAAAUCGAGAGGGGAAAAGGGGGAAUUUAUGAGCAAAGAAAUUCAGGAAGCUCUUUUCCUGCUUCGAUGUGCGGCAUAUAACGCAUUGGCUGCAGCAAUAAUACGCACUCAAUCUAGUCAACAAUUUUUUAAAACCUUUUUGUUUGCAGGAAAUCCUGCAAAUGGAGAGCUCAUAUGGGAAAAUAUUGUCGAUUUAGAGACUAAAGUUUCUUUUAAAGUCGACCUGGAACAGCCUUUUUUCAAUGUCAGGAUUGACGAUUUUCGAACUAAAUCUGACGCUUCUUUUCAAGAUGUGAACAAAUCUAGCAGUUUAAAAUACUUGGCCUCCCAAUAUCUUUCAGACUCCAGCAUUACUCAGAACACUGAUUUGUUAGAGGUCGAUGAAAAUUCUCGCGAUGACGAACCAAUGGACCUGGAAAUGGAAGCUUCCGAAUUAUCACAAGAAAAUUCUAACUCUAGGGAGUUUGAAGUUGACAUCAUAAAUCUCAAUCCGUGCAUGAAAAUGAUAAUCAAAGCUAUCGAACGACUUCAUUCGAGCAUCACUCCACCUCCUACCGAAUUGGCUGAUUCGAUGCCGGGGUGGAUGAACGAGAUGCACAAGAAGUUUACAAGAAAAGAAACGCACAUCAACAUCAAGCUUUUUCUUGCAAAAAUUAUUAUCAAUUAUCCUGAAGCAUUUGAAAAAUACGCAUCAUUUUGGAUCAGACCAUUGAUGAACUUGGUGAUUGAAGGUGACUCUUAUGGUGAAGGGAUCAAUUACUUUAUCCAGGAUUUAUGUGUUGUCAUCACUGUUUGGGGUUCAUUGAUAAAAUUGCAAUCAUACGAAGAUAAAGUUCUUAUUUACGAGUUAUUGAAUUUCUUGAUGCGAAACGUUUGUCAUAAGAAUCGUGCCGUCUUUCGAAACAACCUUCAAACCAUUAAAGGAAUAUUUGAAAUUUGGCAUGAGUUCAUUGUCAUUCCAACUCGUGUAAUUUACGAUUACAUCAAUAGUUCAGAAGAGAAUAAGAUAUUGGCAGGCUUGCAACUCUUGGGAAUUGUAUUGGCACAUGAAAAAAAACCUUUUCAACAGGAAGUCGGAAUUGAUCUAGGUGAUUUGACAGAUGAGAAAUUUUAUCGCAAUCUUGCCAAAAAACUGAGUCACACCAAAUAUACGAUUCGUGAUCUUUGCGCGGAGGUCUGCGGCAUGGCCUUGAAACACCUCAGAAAGUAUCAUUGCUCAGAUGGCCGCAUAACUGUUUUAUUGGAUCCCACGCAGGAAAUGGUGGCCACCUUAUACCAGAAGGUCAUGAAUAAACAGGCCGAUGCUAACGCAUUUCUUACAUGUGUGCACCACAUCGCUAUGCAUGAUCCUCAAGUAUCGGAAAAAUUUCUUCGUUAUGUUUUCAACCUUCUACCGCGUCUUAAUGCGGUCAACGAUAAAAAGUUUCUAGCCUUGGAGCUUAUUUCCUAUUGCGCUGAAACUGAGCCAGAUUUACUUACAAAUCUGAAGAAACCCCAGCUUCUUAAUUUGCUCAAACACAGGAAUGAAAAUGAACAGCUUAUUGCUCUGCGAAUUUUAAAUGGCGUUUUAAAGCAGCAAGGUGAUUCUGAGCUGGUCGAUUAUUUUUUGGAAACAUUGAUUGAAAGCUUUCAUGACCAUCCAAAUAUUGAGUGUCGUAAAUCUUUUUACGCAAUUUUGAUUCAAUUAUAUAAUAGUAUCUCUGAUGAAUCAUUGAAAGAUAAAAAGGUUAAACAAAAACUUAAAUCCGGUCUAUUAAGAGGAUUGGCAGAUGUAAAUGAAAGUAUACAACAAACGCUGACAGAAUUCUGGCACGGACAACAAGAGCUCUCACGUGACACAUUUACGAGGUUAAAAUUUCUUGUCGGAAAUCUGUAUAGUCCUGAAAUCGAAACACUCUUUCUACAUUAUGCAUGUUAUUUAUUACUUGAGGGAUCAAAGAAAAGUAUUGAUUACAAUAAGCCCAUAUUUGAUCAGCCGUUACCGCACUCUAAAUUUGGGGAUACUUAUGACGAUAUCGACACCUCGUGGAGAUUUAAUAGCACAAUGAAUCCUCUUUUCGUGAACACGCAACAAAUCAAUGCUAAAAUACGAUCCGAACAAAAGAACGACCGGGAAGUUUUAAUUCGCGCGACAGAUGACAACCUCGAUUUCCCGUUAACCAUGGACCCAUCAAAUAUCGAGUUUGGUUCUCAAUCGGGCAAUUGGUCUUUAACCCAAUCAAAUUUACUUUUUUCAUCUACAAAUACUCGUGGAAAAAGAAAGAAGAUGCACGAAAAUCAACCAAGAUCGACGCAGGUAUCUCAGUACCAAAGCCUGCGAAAGCGUGCCUUUUCUUCUUCCACACA